CUUGAAUGGAAUUCUACUAAAAUGUAAUCUACUCCUUUCUGCUGUCUUUUACUAUGGUUAUAUUAUUUAUUGCUUUGUUUAGAUGGGAAGAAUAGAUUUUUUCCAUCAAAUGCAUUGAUUUCCAAAUGUGUUGCAUGAUUUUUAAACUCAAUUAAUUAUACUAGGCUAGUGAUUUACAAUUUUUAAUAAUUUUUAUUGUUUUGUUGAUACUUAAAGGUUUCAUCAAGGAUGGAUAAGAUCGUUGAAGAACAAACAAAGAGGACAGAGCUUCUUAUAAAGGCUUUGGAAGUAGUAAAAAUUUCCGAUAAUCCUAUUGUAGAACAUCUUUGUAGUGAUAUCAGGGAUUCUAUGUUCCGUAUGGAAGCUCUUUUGGAGAAACGAAAGGAUCUUUUAAGUCAGAAGAAGAAGCUCAAUGAGGAAUUUGUGGAGCUCAACAAGAAGUGCAAUGCACUUGCAGACAGGUCGGAAGAGAUAAAUCAGGGCCUUUUUCCAGAACAAUCGUAUCAGUCAGUUCAAGCUGAGAGUGUUGAAGCAACACAGGCCAAUGGCCAGAACUUCAACAGUUUUGAAGUAUCUCCAUGUCCCUCAGCUUGGGCCAAUGGAGCCUUAAAUACACCGAUGCUAAGAGGACAAAACUUUCGUCAGCCAUUCACGUCUGAAGAAACCCAACAAUCGUACAUCAGACCACUCCAUCCAAGCGAAAUGGAGUCCGUUCCUACGUAUAUGAAAGGGAGAUUGACCUGUGAGAAUAUUAACUCUCUCGUAGCUGUAUUCAAUUCAGUGCUGAAACAGAAAUACUCAAUCGUAAAGCUGAGACGGAAAGAUGUGAAGCGGAAAGAUUUGAUACAGUACUCCACUUGGAAGUCACAAGAGGAGGAAUAUAAAAUGACAGGCCAGAUAUUCCUCACCCCCGAAGACUUAAAGAAUCUUGCCAACUACAAGAUGGACAAAUCAGCGGACAAGAUAACUCAGAUUCUUCGUCACACAAAGAGAUUACGACAGUCCCGCGUUUUGGGAAAAGUGAUACUUUAUAUAGUCAUAUAAUAACUGUGUAUUCAUUAUCAAUGCCAUUAACAGAAUAGAUAGUGAAUUUUUAUAUAAUAAUUAAUUAGUUUUAUCAUCUGACCUAAUGUUAACUUAUUUUUAAGACAUGUGCCUUUGAACACUUUUUACAUUCCUUUUUAAACUGUAACAUUUUUAAUUAGUAUCUGUGUAUAUGUAUUGUUCUGAGAAAUUAAAAUGAUUGCUAUGUUUUUA